CAGCUUAGAAUCUAAAACAAAACCGUCAUUUUUAUAUAAAAUAAAACAAAACGGUCAAAAUCUAGUUUUAUUUUGUUUUGUUAUGAACGCUGGAUUAACGACCCCCCCGGGGACCGACGACGAAAAAGUCGAGAAAAUGAAGAUAUGAAAGUUCCGAUGCUGGUCCCUGAUGAGUGAAGGGGGACCCGUUUUUCACUCAUUGACUUCAAUUUCAUAACGACAUCUGCUCUCCUUUAUCAGGCUUCUUCUUCACUCUUCAUCACUGACCAUCUCACUUGCAACCUGAACACAGCUUCAUCGACAAGUUCAACACACACACACAUCACAACCACCAUGUCCGAACAAGUAAUCGUCGACGCCGUCGUCACCCACAACGAGAAACAAUCCCCCCUCGGCCCCGGCUUCAAGCGCCUAACCGAGCAAAUCUACCUCCAAGAAGCUCCCGCCUCCUCCUCCAUGCCCUUGUUGUCCCCCUCAUCAGACCCAACCACCAUCCUCCUCUACGGCUGGGGCGACGCCCGGCCCAAACACCUAGCCAAAUACGUCGACGGGUACCGCGCCCUCUUCCCAGCCGCCAAGUUCGUCGUGGUCCUCUGCCCCAUCCUGCGCUGCCUGUACCAAACCCUCGAAGCCCGCUCCAAAGCCAUGACCCCCGUCAUCUCCGCUUGCUUCGGUUCUCUGGAGUCUGCCGCCGACCGCAAAUCCGUGGUCGAGGCUUCGCCCACCAACAACAACAGGAUCCUGGUCCAGGUCAUGUCCAACACGGGCGGCAUGUACUUCGCCGCCACUUUAAACGCCUACCGCCAGCGUUUCGGCGAGGAGGCCUUCCCCCAUCACAUGCUCGUCCUCGAUUCCACUCCCGGCAGCACUUCCUUCCUUCAAAACGCCGGGCCAUGGUCGCGCGCGAUGGCGCUCGGCGCCUCCGCCUCCGGGUACUUGCCCGGCCUGCCGUUCAUGGUCACGCAAGCGCUGGCUUGCAUGUUCCUGGCUGCGCUGCACGGGUUCGGGUGGUUGAUUGGCGCGUCGAGCGCGGCGGCUUACAGUGUCGCGGCGGUGAACAACGAGGAGCUGUGUGAAAGGGGAGCGAGGAGGUUGUAUGUGUACUCGAAGGAGGACGAUAUUAUUUACUGGAAGGAUAUCGAGAAGCAUGCGGCGCAGGCGAGGCAGAGGGGGUAUGAGGUUGAUAUGGACAUGUUUGAGGGGACGCUGCACGUGGGGCAUAUGAGGCAGCAUCCGGAGCAGUAUUGGGGAGCGGUGGCGAAGACUUGGAGGGAGGCUGUUGCUGGGUUGUGAGGGGUGGUGUCUGGUGAAGGGGGGGAGACGUUGUGGGAUGAGUCUGUCUGGGUUGGGAUCGACUCGCGGGUACUAAGGAGGUAAUGUGGUUGAUGAGUUUGGAGUGUGAGAUAAAAGAACAGUGGUUUGCAGGCGCUUUGGAUAUUAGAAGGCAUAUUAGAGCAUUAGAAUUGGGAUUUCUGGGAUAGUUGUUAAAGAACUAGAUGAUGGAAUAGAUGCAUGGGCGCUUGAACCUGAC